AUGUUCCAACCGGCACCCGAGGUGGCCGACGCAUACCUGCGCGGUGUGCUGUCAGCCGCCGCAGGAGAGGACGCCAGCGUUGAUGUGCCAGAGCUGCAGGAGCUGCUCGGCAGUGCAGGUGUGGCGGCGAGGCGAGCAGACCCGCCCACCCCUUGGUACCGUCUGUAUCGCCGAGAGUUCCUGCGGCUCAUGCAGUUUGGGGAGCAUGAAACUCUGGACCACCCAGUGGCAUGCAUCUUGGCGUUGCCCGCCGACCAUGCCGGCAACCUGGCGGCAGCUUUUGCGGCAUUGUGGCGUCACUCGGCGCUGCCCCCGCUGAUGCAGGCCGGGGUGAUGGAGUCAGCGGGGGUGCUUCGGCACUAUGUGCUAUUGCAUGACGCAGCCAGCCAGGGGCCCGAGGUGUUAGUGGCGGCGCAAGAGAAGCUGCACCAGCUGGGCAGCACCCUGGGCACCAGUUGCCAGGUUCUCAGCAUCAACAGUGGCAGCGGCGGAGGCUCACCGGUGGGCCCCCGGCUCUGGGCCGACAUGCUGCACGGCUGCCUGCCGGAUGGUGGCGGCGGUGAGCCCGCAGAGCGCCCCCCGGUGCCGCCUGGCGGUCUGGGUGCCUGGCUGAGCGAGGCCGAUAUGUCUGGCCUGGCUGGCUUUGUACACGAGCUGGCGGUGCGCUCCAUCCUGCCGCACAUGGAGAUGCGGCUGCGGGCACUCAAUGUGCAGGUAACUGCCAACCGCAAAGGUCUGAAGAACCAGCUGAAGAGCUUGCUCUGGCGCAAGGGCGCUUUGGACAGUGCGUCCACCCCUGGCACACCCUCCGCCAGUGGCGGCGCUGCCGGCGCUGCCGGCGUCUCGUACGCCGGCGGCUCGGUGGAGAGCCACAUGCGCCAGCUGAGCGACCUGGCGCUUAUGCUGGGCGACUACGAUACUGCCUCCAGUACGCUUCGCCUGCUGGCCAGCGACACCAAGGCUGACCGCGCGUACAAGGCAUACGCAGGGGUGCAGGAGGCGCUGGGUGCGGCGGCGGUGCUGGCGGGGGCGCCGCCCUCUGAUGCCAUGGCCUCCUACAAAGAAGCGCUGCACCGCUACGCGCAGCUGAGCCAAGCCAAUCCGCGCAACCGGGAGGGUGCGCGGUAUGCCACGCGGUCUGUGCUUCUGUUGGCAGCAUACUUGCAGGCAUUAGGCCAGUACGGCGAGGCCACAGCUGCUUUGAUGAAAGCCCAUUUCCAGGAGGAGAACCUGCGUGCGGGGCUGCUGCUGGAGCAAGCAGCCUACUGCCUGCUGUCACACCAACCGCCCCACACACGCAAGUUUGCCUUCCAUCUCGUGCUGGCGGGCCUGCGUUUUGACAUGUGCGAGCAGAAGCAGCUGAGCACGAGGGCAUACACACAGGUGCUGGGUGUGUACUCAGGACGACAGUGGUCCCUGAUUGAGGAGCACCUCCAUGAUGCACUUGGGCGGCAGGCGCGGGAGGGUGAUGACGCGACAGGCGCAGUGCGCCAUUUCAUGGCCAUGCUCGUGUGCCCCUCCAACAACCUGUAUUGCCAGCAACUCUACCUCACGCAGUUUAUGGAUGCACUGCGCACGGCGCAGGCACAGCUGGGCUUCGCGCUGCCGCUUGAGCUGCCGCUGCCAGAAGUCAACUGCGAGCGGGUGACGGUUGCAGCACGAUGGGCAGACCUGCUACAGUGGCGUGGAGGCGCGGCAGGCGGCAGCCGCAUGCGGCUGGCAGAGGCAGAAGAGAAUCAGAGGUCGUGCUGCGUGGGCGAGGCAGUGGGACUAGACGUGGAGCUGCACAACCCGCUGCAGCUGGACUUGCAUGUUACCCACCUGCGUCUGGCCUGCACUUGGGACCCCGCCACCUCAUCCUCGGGUGCUGGCAUGUUGGCGAGCGGCAGCAGUGCCAGUCGCAGCCCGGAUGGCAGCUUAGUGCCGGCGCCGAGUGAGGGUGGCGGGCAGCAGCAGCAGCCAGGCUUCCAGGUUCACGAGGACAACGUGACGCUGCAGGGCGGAAAGCGUGUGAUUGUGCACUUGCGCGUUGUGCCACUGAAGCCAGGCAGCCUGCACCUGCACGGCCUCGCCUGGCUGCUCAACGGCACCGCUCAUGGCCAGGCGGCCUUCCACAUACCCCGACCCAUCUCACGCAAGCCUGGCAGUAGCAGCAAGGUGCUCCUCGAUGCCGAUCGGCCCGCCCCCGGUGGCAUGUCCUUCCGCGUGCUGCCCCCCAUGCCGCGAUUGGAGGUCAGCGUCACGGGUUUGCCGGCAGCAGUGCUAGCGGGGGAGGUGGUGUGCUGCAGCAUGCGGCUGAAGAACAGCGGGGCCAUGACCCUACAGCAUUUGUCCAUGGCGGCAGCAGGGACCGCAGGCAUCUUCCUCGGUGGCGGCCCAGCAGCCGGUUCUGGAAAUGGCAGUGACGGCAUCGGCAGCGACGGCAUUGGUGUCGCUGUCUACAUGCUGCCCAAUGUGCGGCUGGGUGUGGGCCAAGAACUCACGCUUCCAGUCUGGUUCAGGUUCGCGGCAUUGGGAUAA